AAAAACAUCUAAAGUACCAAAAACAGAUCUGUCUCUCUCACUCUCUGUGUGUUUGUGUUUCAACUUUCAACUUCAUUCAUACUCUUCCUGCCUGCUAAAGCAAUGGUUUUGAUACAUUGUUGUUAGCUAGCUUUCAAUGCAAUCCAUCACAAACAGUCACAUUCUCUCUCUCAAUCUCUGACUGCUUUUGCUUCAAAAUGGUCACAAAAAACCACAACCGACCUCCAUUUUCACUCCCACCCACAUCUCCAACCCCUUCAAAGGAUUUUGAGGGUGAUGAGCUUCUCUUAGAUAAAGGGCAAGAAUUUGGAGCUGAAAAUAUGGUGGUGACUCCUAUUAAUGGAAGAGGAAGACAAGCUUUUACAGUUGUAAAUGGUGGUGGCCACGAUCUUGACCCUAGUAGUGCUCCUCCAAGCAAUGCUGGAUCGGAUAAUGGCAUGAUUGAGUUCACAAGAGAGGAUGUGGAAGCUUUGCUGAAUGAAAAAGCCAAGAGAAAGGACAGAUUUAAUUAUAAGGAAAGAUGUGAAAAUAUGAUGGAUUAUAUAAAAAGGCUUAAGGUUUGCAUUAGAUGGUUCCAAGACCUUGAGAUGUGCUACUCACUAGACCAGGAGAAGUUAAAGAGUUCACUGGAAUUGACCCAGCAAAAAUGCAUAGAAAUUGAGUUGCUGCUUAGAAUCAAGGAAGAGGAACUAAAUUCAAUUAUUGCGGAAAUGAGAAGGAAUUGUACUUCUUUGCAAGAGAAAUUGAUAAAGGAAGAAUCAGAAAAGUCGGUUGCAGUGGAAGCUCUUGUUAAAGAGAGAGAGGCUAGGCUUGACAUUGAGAGGUCACAGACUACUCUAUCAGAGGACCUUGGAAGAGCUCAACGGGAGAUUGAAGGUGCAAAUCAGAAGAUAUCGUCGCUCAAUGAUAUGUAUAAGCAAUUACAAGAUUACAUAACAAGCUUACAACAGUACAAUGACAAACUGCAUAAAGAGCUUUCAUCAGUUGAGGAUGAACUUAAACGUGUAGAGAAAGAUAAGGCUACUGUAGUGGAGAAUAUCUCCAUGUUAAAGGGUCAACUAACUUUAUCCACUUCUUCUCAAGAAGAGGCCAUAAAGCAGAAGGAUGCUCUGGCUAGUGAAAUUGCUUCUCUUAGAGCAGAGUUGCAGCAAGUAAGAGAUGAUCGUGACCGCCAAUUAUCUCAAGUUCAAACGUUAAAUGCUGAAUUAUCGAAAUGUAAAGAAUCUACGGAAGACUCCAGCACUGAAUUGGAUAACUUGACAUUAAGAGCAAAUGAACUGGCGGCUAAAUGUUCUUUGAAAGAUAAUCAAAUAAAGGCAUUGCAAGAACAGCUUACAACAGCAGAGAAGAAACUGCAGGCAUCUGAUAUAUCUGCAUUUGAGACAAGGGCAGAAUUUGAAGGGCAACAGAAAAAUGUAAAUGAGUUACAAAGACGCUUGAUAGAUGCAGAAUAUAAACUUAUAGAAGGGGAGAGGCUGCGGAAAAAAUUACAUAAUACCAUUUUGGAGUUAAAAGGGAACAUUCGUGUAUUUUGUCGAGUGAGGCCUUUGUUGCCUGAUGAAAGUUGUAGCACAGAAGGCAAGAUUUUCAGUUAUCCAUCAUCAUUGGAAACUUCUGGACGAGGCAUUGACCUAGCACAAAAUGGACAAAAACAUUCUUUUUCCUUCGAUAAAGUUUUUACUCCAGAGGCAUCACAAGAUGAAGUUUUUGUGGAAAUUUCACAGCUUGUACAAAGCGCUCUUGAUGGUUACAAGGUUUGUAUCUUUGCCUAUGGUCAGACAGGGUCAGGGAAAACCUAUACAAUGAUGGGCAGACCAGGCCAUCCAGAGGAAAAGGGGUUGAUACCCCGUUCAUUAGAACAAAUAUUUCAAGCGAAGCAGUCUCAGCAACCUCAAGGCUGGAAAUAUGAAAUGCAGGUGUCAAUGUUGGAAAUAUACAACGAAACCAUUCGUGAUCUGAUAUCUACAAACAGAUCAUCAUCAGAUUCAACACGCUCGGAAAAUGGUACCCCUGGAAAGCAAUAUGCAAUCAAACACGAUGCAAAUGGAAAUACACACGUCUCUGAUCUCACAGUAGUGGAUGUUCAUAGUGCUAAAGAGGUUGCGUUUCUUUUGAAUCAAGCUGCAAAUAGCAGAUCUGUGGGAAAAACCCAAAUGAAUGAACAAUCAUCAAGAAGUCAUUUUGUAUUCACUCUUCGAAUAUAUGGUGUAAAUGAGAGCACUGACACCCAAGUACAAGGUGUUCUGAAUCUUAUUGAUCUUGCUGGUAGCGAACGUCUUUCUAAGAGUGGCUCAACUGGGGACCGGUUGAAAGAAACUCAAGCAAUCAAUAAAAGCUUGUCAUCAUUGAGUGAUGUCAUAUUUGCCUUGGCCAAGAAGGAUGAUCAUGUGCCAUUCAGGAACUCAAAGCUUACAUAUCUGCUUCAACCUUGUCUAGGUGGGGACUCCAAGACACUAAUGUUUGUGAACAUCUCACCCGAUCCUUCUUCAGUUAGCGAGUCUUUGUGCUCACUCCGGUUCGCAUCCAGAGUAAAUGCUUGUGAGAUCGGAUCAGCUCGGAGACAGACUAAUGGAAGAUCUACAGACUCUCGCUUGAGCUAUUUCUGAUCUUCUUCAGAAAGAUGUAUAUUUGCUAUUUAACCUUUUGUGGCAAUCAAGUGCAUGUGUGAGACUGUGAGUGCUACCCAAAAGAAAAAAAAUUGAAAAUGAAUUUGAUUCUAACAUAGCUUGUAUAGUGAAGGAAGUUGCAUUUAGUUGUGUAAACACAUUCUAAUAAUUCAAUUUGUUAUUCUGCUUAA